GUAGAAAGGCGAACGUCAGCUGGAUGAAGAUGUCAUUUGUGAAAGUGGUGUCGCUGUGUGUCGGAGCUCCGGCUGUGACGGGCCUGCUGUGCGGCUCGGUGCUGGCUGCAGGUGAGGCGAAGAAGAAGAGCUCACCUGAGCCUCCUCUGAGCAUCGAUGAGCUGCCAUCGUUGUACACCGCUCCUGAAGCACAGCCUCAGUACGAGCAGCCGGAGGCGGGUCAGCUGGAGCAGAGCGUCGCCUCACUGAGGAAAUGGGCCGAACCGUACACGAACCAGUGUCAGCAAACGGGCCAGGCUGCGAUGGAGAAAGUUGAGCGAGUUUACAGGACCGUGGAGCCCACGAUCAACACAUCCAUAACAAGAGUCACAGAUGCGUAUCAGUUCCUCAGUGACCCUCCUCCUGACCUUUACCCCAGUGUAGCGGUGGUGGGCUUCUCCGGCUUCUUGGGAUUAUUUUUGGCCAAAGGCUCCAAGGUGAAGCGACUCAUCUUUCCAGUCGGCCUCAUGGCUCUGAGCGCCUCCAUGUUUUACCCGCAGCAGGCAGCGUCUUUACUCAAGGUGAGUCGGGACUCGGCGUACAUGUGGGCUCAGCAGGGCCGCGGCUCCCUCGAGGCUCUUUGGAAAGAGCCGCCGUUUGGCAAAAAGAAGGAGAAGAAAGAAUGAAGAGACGGCAACGACACGAGGAGCUGAGACGACCUCGCCAUCCUGAGAGAAACACACACUUCCACCUGUAGAUCAACUCUAUGCAUCACACACACACACACACACACACUCCUGCCUCUCUCUUGAGUCAUUCCCAAACAUUCCAGUUAAUCCAGAUAAGUUUGUGCAUCUGUGUUUGCGCUCCACCUCCUCUGUAAUCACUCACAGUUUCUCCGUCGCUGACCUUGGCUUGUUCCAGUUUCUGUUUUGUCAAAUCAUCCAGACUUAAAGCUGCACAACACAACUUCACAGACAGACUUUUAAAACUCUAGAGCGCUGGAUCACGGAUUCGUCUUCACAGCACGGACGCUUGUAGUUUGAUUUAUUCUCUUCAGACUUCAGUUUAAGUUCAGAUGUUGUGUAAGUCCAACACAGCGACCACCAAGUCCCUUCAUCAUCUUAACGAUCCUGACAGAUCGAAGUCCAGCUCCGCUGCUUGUCUAAACAUCUUUCAGUUAGAAGACAUCGCCGUGGACACUGUGUGAAACUGCAAUGGACAUUUUUCAUGGACUGAUUAUUUAAUGAAUCCCUAAAGAGGAGUGUGACCAACGACUGAAGAUAUGAAUUGAAGGAAUCUUCCUGUUCCUGCCACAACUGCUGAGGUUAUAUGUUGCUCAGCUGGGUCCAAAAACACCACUAACAUGUCUCAAAGUGUUUUUACAGGAGUUAUUUAGUGGAUUAUUUCUUGGUAGCUUCCUUAAAUGUCACUUUUAAACUUCAUUUUAUCCAACAGAAGUAGUCACUGAUGUCCAAACUUCACAUGGCACCAAACCACGAGCAGAAAGCGAUUGUGUAAACACAAGGAGAGCGAAAACAUGCACAACUUGAACUCAUUCACUCUUGACCUGCUUUCAGAGGAGGGAUUGCCAUAGGGGGGGUGAAUGAGUGCUUGACCUGAGGAUGGAUGCUUGUUGGGUGGAGAUGGAUGGUUAACUCAUGAGCUUCAGAGGAGCUGGCAGGUGGAUCUUGUGCUUGAACUCUUCCUUUAGAAGUUUGACGGGCUGCUUCUGUUUUUAUGAGCCACAUUAUACAACGCCAAGAUAGCGUGCUCACACUUUACUGUUUCAAACAUGUCGACAUAUUUAUGUUGCGUUCACGUCGCAGUUUGAUGCUGAUAACACGUCGGUAAAGGGCCAAACAAUGUGUGAUUCACUUAUCAAUGAGCUGAAUGUGAACGUGUUGAUCGUCCAUGUCUAAUAAUGCACUGUACAUACGCUGUAUGAGGUUUGAUCUUGAUGUAAUUAAAUCUGACAUCUGACUGGA